GCCUACGAAAGAAAUGGCUGCCUCGGGAGCCGCCGGUUCCCCGGGCCGUUUGGUCCAGUACGUAGUGGUCCGCUCGGACCUGGUCCACAAACUGUCGUGGCCGCUUGGAGCCGUCAUAACUCAGGCGUGCCACGCAGCCACCGCCGCCGUCCACCUCCAUUAUGCCGACGGGGACACGCAGAGUUACCUGUCCGAGCUUGACUCCAUGCACAAAGUGGUGCUCGGGGCUCCAGACGAGGUCGCCCUCACAGGUUUAUCUGAGAGUCUGACCCAAGCCGGCGUGGCCCACAAGCUUUGGAUCGAACAGCCUGAGAACAUACCUACCUGUCUGGCCCUUAAACCAUAUCCCAAAGAAACGGUGCAACCGCUUAUGCGCAAGUUUAAGCUCUUCAAAUGAUCCAGCCUUGCUGUUGAAGUCUUACGGAAAAACAUGACAGCCAUCAUGUGACUUUCGAAAUACAAGUUUUCUUGUAUAAACUGAACUGCUCACGUAAACAAUGAGAAGCUACACUCAUUGAGUUGCACAUAUUAGACAUAACUAAUUGCGUGGUUGUGAGGAACCGUCGCAGAGCUUAAAGGAGAAAGUAUUUCUGCUAUGACAUGUUCACUCUAAUAAAUAAAUCCCUCAACCCACACACAUACUCUCGAGAUCUGACAUUUUGAAGUUCAAACUUUAAGUGAGGCCUCUGCUUCUUUUGUUUACUUGAAAAAUCAAAUGCCACACCUCAAAUGCAUGCCCUUUACUAAUGUGGCACCUGGACAGGUGACUCUAAAACUGAAUUUGAAAAGUAAAAAUGCUGCUGAGAUAAAUUACCCUCCAGCGAGUCAUAGUUGCUAAAACAACAUCAUUGUUGUCAUUAACACUUUUCCACUUUCAGUAAUUAAAUGACACACCUUGAAUAGACAAUAGCUCUUCCCAGAAAAACAAAACAAAACUCAACAAUAGAUGUUACCACUUGGUAUGCCACCUGGCUACGAAUGUACGUAUUCUUCAAGUAGUAUCUUUGAAAAAUAUUAGUUUGUUGGAAGUACUUAUGUUCUAAGGUCUUAGUCUUAAGUUUGAUUUCUUUCUAAACUGAUAUUUUCUCAGGUACUAGUCUUAAAAGUAGUUUUGGUCCUCAUGUACAUGGAAGUGCACUUUGGGUUGUAAGGUAAUCAUUUCAGUGCUUUUUUUUUUUGUAUCUUUAAGUGUGCUUCUGGUUCCAAUGGACUAAUAUUAAGUGGACCAAGGGCUGCACAAUAUAACUAGAAACUGCAAUUUCUGGAGAAAUUACUCUGGAUCUUGGGCUGUGUGGGGAUA